AUGGAGAGCCCAGUGUUGGAAGGCUUAUCUGAGGUGCAAGGGCACUUCAUGACAUCCCAGACCAUGACUAUCACGGUUAUGGGGAGGGAUGCAAUUGCUGACUAUAACCCCUAUGGCUGCUACUGUGGCCAGAAAGGCAAUGGAACCCCCAAAGAUGCAACUGACAUGUGCUGUUGGAAGCAAGAACACUGCUAUUUACAUCUGGAGAGAGAAAACUGUGACACCAAACAACUGACCUAUAGAUACAGAUACAGGAAUGGGAUCGCCUCCUGCGGGUCUGGGAUGUACUGUGAGAUCCAAAUCUGUACCUGUGACGCAGCAGCUGCCCUCUGUAUGCAAAAAAACAGGAAUAUCUACAAUGUGGAGGAUCGCAACUACACAGUCCCAGUGUACAGGGAAUACACCUGA